AUGGCAACAGCUCUGCAACUGCAAUUUCCUCCGUUCUCUUCUUCUUCUUUCCUGAAUCACAAAAGCUCCAAGAACUACUGUUAUUCUACUUAUAUUCAACCUUCAAAUUCCAGUUAUAAUCGCCUUAAAACCAGAGCUAUCAAAGAGAAAACAGAAGAAAAGAACCCCCCAUCUCCAUCAUCAUCAUCAUCUUCUUCUUCUUCUUCUUCUGUUGAGGAAGUUACCAAGAAGUAUGGUAUUGAAGCUGGUCUUUGGAAGAUAUUUAGCUCAAAAGAGGAAGGGAAGGAAGAUGGUGAGAAAACUAAAUCCAAGGGAGAACAAGCUAAGGAGCUGCUGGCAAAGUAUGGAGGAGCAUAUCUGGCUACCUCAAUCACUCUAUCUUUGAUUUCCUUCGCGCUCUGUUACGCACUCAUUAGUGCUGGCAUCGAUGUUCAAUCAUUGCUACUAAAGGUGGGAAUUUCAACUGAUGCAACUGGGGAGAAAGUUGGGACGUUUGCUUUGGCAUAUGCUGCACACAAGGCUGCAUCUCCAAUUAGGUUUCCACCUACCGUAGCUCUUACUCCCAUUGUUGCUGGUUGGAUUGGAAAGAAGAAAGUUGAUGAGGAGAAGUAA